GAAACAGAUGGUUCUUAUUUCGAAAAUUUCACAUCAUUGGGAUGGAAACGGGAAAAUCGUCGUAUGUCGGCAACGCGUGCUGCUGAAGCACGUGCCGAGGCACAUCAUGAAAAUGAACGGGAACCGCCCAAUAUUGCUGAAGAUUCUAUAGAUAAACAAGAGGAGAAUGAAAAAUUAUAUAUGGAAGUAUUACAAACAAUUGCCAAUACCGUAGGUGCACCAGCACCAGGAGGACAGUUCGCCCAUUAUAAAGAGGAAAUGUAUUUGCAUGCUCAACGUGCAUUUGGCAUUAGUCCAGAUCGUCAUUAUCGCCUGUUGCAUGCAACAGCUGAAGAUAAACCCAAAGUUAUUGUCCUGUCAGUGGUUGUGCUCGAGGCAGAGGGUUUAGAAGCCAAAGAUGCAAAUGGCUUUUCUGAUCCCUACUGCAUGCUGGGCAUACAGCCAGAUGGUGGACCACCCGUCUCACCAUUGCCACUGCCACCGACACCACGCGCUUUGUCCGCCGAUAUGAGUGCGUUCGACAACAAUGCUACCGAUUCACCGCCACAUCGUAAGCACAGUUUUCGUUUGAGUUUUAAGAGACGCGAAGGCAGCAGUCGCCGUGAACAGCGUGAUUCACUGGGUGGUCCAGUGCCAGCAAAAUUCAUUUGUGCAACAUCAAUUAAACCGCACACGUUGAAUCCCAAAUGGAAUGAGAAAUUUAAAUUUGACAUUGAUGACAUCAACACUGACACAUUUCACUUGGACAUCUGGGACCACGAUGAUGAAAGUUGUGUACUCGAUGCUGUAUCACGUUUGAAUGAGGUACGCGGUGUACGCGGUUUGGGAAGAUUUUUUAAACAGGUCUGCCAAUCGGCACGACAAGGUUCACAAGAUGAUUUUUUGGGUUGCGUUAAUAUACCAAUUGCCGAUAUACCCAGCACUGGUAUGGAGGGGUGGUUUAAAUUGGAAGCACGUAGUCAACGUAGUACGGUACAGGGUCGCAUUCGUUUGAAAUUGUGGUUGUCGACGAGAGAAGGUCAGGUGGGAGAUGGAUCCUCAGCAUCGGAUAUUGACAAUAGUUUGGAAGUGAGAAAUAUAGAACAGUUGCAAAUGGUUUUCAUGAAACAUGAGUUGGCCACGCAAGAGCCAACGUGGGCAUGGAAUGGUGAAUUGCCGGGACCAGCAUUGACGGUGUUGCAUCAGAUGGCAGUGCAGGCGGAUUUGGGAGAGUUGCAUUGUGCGGUGGCAAGAUUCGUUGCCGCCGCCAAACUGAAUCGCACCACACCACUAGAUCCCAAAUUCAUGCAUCGUCUACUUACCGACGUCGAAAAACAAUGGAAUGCCUCUAGUCAAGAGCACUUAACACGUGAACUCGAACAAUGGUUGGCUGAAGCCAUGAACGGUUUUGUUGAACGUUCUCUGCAUCAAAUACGACGACAUCGUGACAUUUUUCCAGCUCUUAAUCCGCCAUCACUCAUACGUCUGGAGUUUCUCUUACGUUGUUUGGGUCUGUUGGGUUCAAUGCGUGCAUUUCGUGUGGUCUGUCCCUUUAAUAAGGGAGUGCGCGGUGAGGUGGUGAAUGCCUUACGUAAAGGUUCAGUGACAUGGGGACAGAAUAUUUUGAAAGAAGCACAAAAUCUACCAAAUCCCUUGGCUCAUUUUGUGACAACAUUAACGGCUGAUAUACAAAUUGGACAAUCUUACUAUCAUUCGUUGUUUGACAACACCAAUGGUAUACAAUACUUUAGUAUAGUCUAUAAAAAAUUCGAUGCUAUGAUAGGAGAUGAAGUUUAUCAUCGCAUGGAAUCGGGACAAGUGCCCGGAGUACGUCUCAAUCUCUCACAUUAUACAGUUCUCGAAGGGGAUACCGAUUCACUGGAUAUUAAACCGUUUGAAUUAUUUUUGGCACUACAAGAAUUCUGUCAAUUGAAACGAUUCCUAUCGGCACAACCACAACCACCCGAAAAACCCUUAGCUUUGGGACGUUGUCACGAAUGGUUUAUACCGGUUUUCGAAAGAUGGAUGAUGAUUAGUAAAGCCAAAGCGCUGCAACGCAUCAGAGCAGCCAUACGCUUGGAUGCAAUUUGUGAGGGUGAACGUGUAGUGCGUUAUAGUUCUUCAUCGGUGGAUACAGCCUCGACAUUAGUUAAUAUUAAGGAAUUUUGGAAGAUAAUUAACUGGCCGGAUGAGGAGACGGGCGUUAUAUUGGAAUCACAAUUAAUUGAUGUUGUUUGUGCUACCGCCAUGCAUUAUUGUGAUUUGAUACAUACCGCUUUAGCGGACAGUGGCUAUUAUGAAAUACAAGGUCCAUUCCGUUGUUCCGACGACAUGUGUGUUACGGUCAAUAAUUUAGAGUAUGUUAGAUUCACCUUGGCGGACUUUCGUUCCGAUGACAAUCUUUUGGAGGAGACAGCCGACAAUUUAUUGGAAUCAAGUUUGGCUCAUAUAGAAAAUCGUUGUGAACGUAUACUUUCCAAAUUGGCGCCACUUAUGCAAACAUCCCUGCAAAAGUCGGUAUUUCAUUUAGCCUGGUCACCGGACUCCCUACCAGCCAAUCAAGCCACAGUACCUUUAUUGGAAUAUCUCAAUUCACAUUUGGGCGCCUUAAAUAGUGCUCUAUUGCCGAAAAACUUUAAUCGAGCCUUGCGUUUUGUUUGGAAGACGGUUUUGGGAGAAAUGACCAGUCAAAUGGAAACCGGAGAUGAUGCUGAAAAACCUUCUAACUUUCACAAACGUCUGUAUGAAGCUUUGCAGUUAUUGGUGGAUUUCUUUCAUGCCGAGGGUCAGGGUUUAUCUUUAGAAUGUUUACAUUCAGAUGAUUUUUGGAUGGUGGAACAACGUUUACAAUUUCAUAAAACCGAAACCACACGUCUAAUAGACAUGUUCUAUAUGAAUCGCUUAAGGGAACAAUUAAUGGCCACUACUCCGGGUCCUUAUGGCUCGUUGACCGUGAGGGCAUAUUUCAAUCAUGACUCUUUAUGUGUAGAAGUAUUGCAUGGUCGUGAUAUUGUGCCCUUGGAUCCUAAUGGUUUCAGUGAUCCCUUUGUUAUAGUCGAAUUGCUGCCGCGUCGGGUUUUCAGUCAUUGUAUGGAGCAACAAACUAAUGUGCAUAAGAAAACUUUAAAUCCCAUUUUCGAUGAAUGUUUUGAGUUCUCUGUUACCUUGGAACAGUGUCUUUGUGAAGGUGCUAUGGUCUGUUUUACCGUUAUGGAUCAUGAUGUUAUAACAGCCAAUGAUUUUGGUGGCGAAGCCUUUUUGGCUUUGGGCAGUAUUCCCGGUGUGGCCGAUUACAAUUCCAGUGUUGAAAAUUUCCAUGGUCUGAAACAAAUUGAAUUACCAUUGAUGCAACAACUGGAGAAAUGCAAUCCCAUUUUACAAAUUCUGGAAUUGCGCGUUAAUGACAAACUAGCUCAAGAUUUUGUACGUAAGCAAAAAGCACGAAUAAUCGAAUAAAAAGCUUACAAAAUAUGCCCGAAAUUUGAAAGUUUAUGAAACGAAGCUACAAUCAAAUUGUAUGUAUGAAAUUUUUAAAAUUUUAACAACAAUUAAAACAAAACAAAUUUAUUAAAAAAAACUAUUGACAAUUGUAUAAAAUUAAUAAAAAAAAAAAACUUAAAAGUGAAUUGAAAAAAAUGGUGCAUAAAGACUAUAGAAGAAACACAAAACAAAAAUAUAUAGAAAACUUUAGAAAAAACGGAUCUUAGAGAAAGCGUAUUAGAAUUUGUAACAUUUGGUAAAAACAAAACAAUUACAAAGUUUCAAACAAAAAUUAUAAAUAACUUAAAUUUAUAAAAAAACCAUAAUAUUUAAAGCAGCCAAAAAAAAAGCAAAGAAAUUUAAUAACAUAUAAUAAAAACUUAUUUAAACAAAAUCUUUGCUAAACCAACAACCAACAAAACAAACAAGAUUUUCAAGAAAGAGUUAAAAAAACCUUAAAAAUUAUGAAAAUGUAUAAUGAAAAACUGAAAAUAACCAAAACAAAUAAAAAAAGAAACUUAACCAAUUAAAAUGCAACUUUUAGGGAAUCUUUUUUGGAUAAACUUUUUUUCAAAUGCUUCUUUUUUUAACAGAAUAAGCCAAACCAACUACACUACAUAACAUAAAUAAACCACCAGUUUUAAUAAAAUAUAACAAAAAAAAAAAAAAUA